UAUCUUCAUCAUACAACCUUAAUUUGGUAGAAGAAAGCGCUACGGUGCAGCAACUAUUGCUGUUUCGGACUGCAACAUCCUGAUGCCCGACAAAACUCGUAUUGAGAAAAUUGAUCAGUCGUUUUCGGAUUCUCCGCAUGCCUUAAAUUGUCUAAGCUUGUUGGUUCUGGUGAAUUAUUUCAGAUAGAUUUUCGAAUUAGACCCAGUGUUAGUAAGGCACUAGCGACCUCUUCUUCAAUGAUGCACGACUACACUAAGACUCACUCUUAGUUUGCUCUAGUAACUACAAGAACUGUUAUCAGGAGGAUGUCGUUUACUUCCGGUAUGUCUCGGGAGAAACUGCAAUCUAUGCAAGCAGGCGAGCUGCGCAUCAUGUGUCGUGCGGUGGGUGUGCCGCUUGCUGGUAGAGAGUCGCGAGACGAGCUUGCUGCGAAGUAUUUCGAUUUUCAGCAUCGACGCAGACAAGCACAACUCGAAUACACGUCACCAGUUUUGGGAAGCAGAGCUGUAAUUUCGUCCGCCAACACGGCCAUCGGUGGUGCGGGAAACUUGAUGGCGUCUGCUUCCAAUUCAUCAGCGACAAAUUCUAGCAGUAGCAGUGGCACCGUGUCAUCGACUACAUCGUCGACGGGGCUUGUGGUAGGGACAACUACGGCAGCAUCUAAUUACACUAAUAGGGCACGCGGCGUUGAGCACGAAGACGAUCAUCGAUCUCGGACACCGAAACGAUCCUUUGUACCACAACAAAGAACAGCAGGUUUAGGGACGUCGAUUACCAAUCUCGCGUCAGAUAAUGGUACCGGUGUUUUAGUUGCUGCGCCUGGUGCAUCAGGCAGUGAAGAUCUCAACAGUGUCACUUGUUCGUUGACGCAAAGUGUAUCGUAUCCUAGGUUACCAGGUUUAGACUUUGUGGACGUAGCAAGAACAUCGACUGAUUUGUACGGAAAUGCUGGGCUCGAGCCUCCUGCUGGAGGUGAAGAUCCCAUUGGGCAACAGAUGAAUGGCACCACGGUGGCGUCAAACAGUGCUGCCAUGGGAGACGGGGGCGGGUCCUCUCACUCAUUUGGGCAGCCUGGAGGUACUAGUGAUCGACCACCCCCCUACGAUCUUCACGACGGGAGAUCCGUGUCAGCAAGCACGACAACGGAUCUCGUACUCAACAACGUCCAAUAUGGUACCGCAGCCGAGGAGCACCCGGCGGCACCCGUGGGAAUGCGGUCUAGUGUAGGUGGAAGCUUUAUCAAGAAGCGGACUGAUCCCCCGGCAAGCAGCAUCCGCUACGCACCUGGUGGCGGGCACCAGCAGGCCGCAAGUAGUAGAAGAUUGUCUGGCGCGGCAGGUGGGCAGCAACAGCUGCUGCAGCCCCAAGGCUCAGCGCGCCGUGAUAGCAGUCGUGGUCGUAGCCGGAAUAGCUCCGCGAGUGCCAGCCGAUUACCUCCAUGGAACUCGUCUUCGCAUCUCGGUUCAUCUACGUCGGUCAACCUGCAAGGCGGUGCUGCGAAUAAUGGAAUCCCGCGUCGAAGGAGCAGUGCUGGUCCGAUGCAGGGUAUUUCUCAGGUUGCUGGCGGUACGCUCCUUAGCGCUCCGGCAUCGAUGUACCAAGGGAGACGUGGCUCCUCAGCGGGCAUGAACAACGGCGCGCCGCCAAUAGUGAGUGCACGGAGCUCCUCUCUGACCGCCAUGGAGCACCACCUUAGCGCUGGACAGCAACAUGGCUCUUUCGUUCGAAGUGCCUCAUCCCCGGACGUUGAAAUGGACGGCGGCGGCGGGAUCCAUCAUCACACGAGCAACAUUGGUUCUCUACCUGGCGUUGGUGGGGGACCGCUCACGCGCGCGUCAGCAUUGCGACGACCUUCCGUGGUAAACCGAGGACAUCUGCUAGGAGGAGGAACAACGUCAGCAGCCCUAAUCCCUGGAGGACACCAAGCGCAGUCCCUUGCUGCUGAAGGAGGGCACCACGCACAGUCCGUGAAUCUCCCGGCAGGCGUUUCAUCGAACAAUCAACAGCAGUUUCUUUCUACCUCGACUCUAUCUUCGCAGCCGUCGCCCAUGGGAGGAUCACGAACGGCUUCUGUCGCGCAGCACUGGUCGUCGACUGAGGAAAAAGAGCAACUUGCAAGAGAGGUACUUCUUUUUCUCUAUAAGUCUUUGACCUCUGGCUGGAUUGCUGGAUUUUGUUUUUGAAAUUAAGCAGAAUCAAUAGUGGUUAGAAAGGCCGCACCCGCUCCCGCACCACUUGCACUUUCAAGCAGCAUGUCCUCCGUGGCAAUAAAGUAACAGUGAGACUUUACCAUGACCCCAACUUCUGAUUUUUUCUGUGACCUCCAAGUCCAUACAUUCUAACAGAGUAUGCACAUGUAACCCCGACACUCGUCCUCGACUUGUUUCGUAAUUAUGAAUCUCCUUUAUGUUUACCAGAACGAAGCUCUGAGGGCUCGUCUAGUCGCCGUCGAAAGCGAGAAGAAUAGUAUGCAGCGCGAAUUGGACCUGAGACGGGCAGAGAUUGAAGCCGAGUACACGCGCUUCGUCGCAGAGAAUCAGCAACUGCUUUCGGAAAAACAACGGAUGGAGGCUGAGGCCCGUCGGCUAUCCGCAGAACUCGUGACUCUUCGAGACGCGCAAACGCGAGCGGCGACAUCCGAGAAUCUCGCACAACAGGCGGCGCAGGCAGACUUCCAGCGAGAGCGUCAAAAACUGCUCGAAGAAUUCCAAGAAGAACGAGGCCGGCUACAAGCAGAGGCUAAAGCGUUUGAGCGAGACGUAUUUCCUUUUUUUCAACCAUCCACUUCAAGAGCUAUACAUAGGGUUAGUAGUUCUAGUUUUCCUUCAUUGACAUUGUAUUUUCAACAAUUCAGUUCUAGUUCGACAUCUUCGCUGCGUAUAUCAGAGCACCACGGAGAUGGAACUGGAAUUUCCUCUCUGCCCUAUGCCCUCAAUUGAAUCUUUUCAUCUCACUGAAAAUCCCAAUUAAGUCCUGGAUUCUUUCAACCUAGAUACAACACUACCAACCGCACAAACCAACUACAACCACGACCCAGUUGCAUCAGAAAUUUGAGACGGCCGUUCAGUUCCGAGUAGACCAGCAAGUCGCUGUCUUGCGUGAGGAGAAAAAGAAAGUUUCGACCUGUACUCCGAUCCAGUCGAAGAUGGAUGUCGAUAGUACGCCACAAGGCGAGAGAAAGAGUGUCACUUUUCGUGAGCCGCUUGUUGAUGCAUCCCAAUCACAGGCUGACGCGGGAGCUGCACCAUCGCAAGGUGGAGUUACGUUCGCAUCUUCGGCAGAGCUUGAGACUGCAGAGAGGCCACUAGACAUUAAGAAAUUGACAAGCGACGCGAAAAUGAGCGAUAGGACGCCAAGUCGGAUGCCGCAAGCCAGAACGCCGGGACCGGGCGCGAAACAAGCUGGGGGUGUCGCUGAGUUGAUGGAGAAGAAGACGAUUAGUACAUCAUCAGAGACGCAACAAGAAAAACAAGACGCGCAAGCGCAAAAUCAAUCAGCAGGUCUUGUGCAAUCGGAUAGCGACAAGCGCCUUCAGCAAAUCAUGAAUGAUCCUGUUUUGAUCGCGCUAACUGGCGGAAAUUUGCAGCAGCAGAGCGGAGGCUCGUCUUCGUCUACAGCGAGGAUGCGGGGCAAUAGCGGACCUGCAGACGGCGAGGAUGACACGAACAAGACAGGUUCGGCAAACACCAGCUUGCAGAUUGACCUAGGAGCGGACCUGAACAUCGAUCCGAUGCUAGACCUGGACGUUGGCGAUGACUCCUGUGUUUCGAAACGCGGAGGGAACGACGAGGAGUGGGCGCGGCGGUCGCUCGCGAAAAUCAUGAAUAAUGCGGCGCCGGCAGAGCUCCGAAAAGCAGCGGCAGCAUCUGCCGCAAAAAGGAAAAUCAACGCAGCUGCCGGCGGGACUGGUUCAAGCCUCCCUUCUCCUACUGCUGCCGGAACUGGUGGUCAAAACAGCAAGUCUCCAGCUGCCGGCAACAUCACCACUGGUGGAGGUGGCGCUACUAUAACGGGGAUAACUGCAGGUGUAGACAACCAGCAACCACCUCCAAGUGCAGCUGCGUCCUCAUCGUCCUCUUGUCCGAGUCCCGAUAUUGAUCCGUGUUUGCUGCAGGAGAUGGGCCUGCAGCCACCUGGCGGAGACGGUGACUCAGCGAUGGUAGACGUGCCUGGUAGUAAAGACAACGUUGAUCGUUCUUCAGGAGCAGAUGGAGCGACAAAUGCAGAUGAAAUGAAAGAUCCAGAUAGUAUGGAGGACGUAGCGCCUUCGCCUCAAAGGAGGAAAAUUGCCGAAACGGAUCCCACGGCCCCUUCAUCUGGUUCUUCUAAAACUAGUGGGAAAAAAGGAAGCGGUAAGAGCAAGGGCAAGGGCGCAGGACCAGCGCCGCCUCCAUCCGGCAAGAAAGGCACCGGUGGAAAAGGCGCGCCUAUCCCAAUCGGGACUAAAGGAAGCGCGAAAGGAGCCCCCGGAAAGAAAGGCGCGAAAAACAAGAUCGAGCCAUUUAACGGCGUAAAACUUCGUCCCGUGUUUUGGAACCAGGUGCCAUUCGCUGACGACGACACCUCGUCAAAUAAUUGUCUCUGGGGUCAUUUGCCAUCGGUCCGUUUCGACGAAAAAGUGCUGGAGACGCAAUUUCCUGUAGUGAGUGCGAAAGUGAACAUACGAACGAACCCAGCUACUGGAGGCCCCUUUGGCGGCGGAGGAAGGGCUGGAGGAAUGUCUGCAUCAGACCGGAUUCUGACGAUCCUCGACAGCAACAGGAGUCAGCACCUGAACAUUAUCUUCAAGCAGCUACCACAACCGCAGCUCGUCAUCGAUGCAUUAAACGGAAUCGGGAAUGUACUACUUCUUUAAAUUUUGUAGAAUAGUACUUAACUGCUUCUCUUCAAUGAGAUCUUAGUUAUAGUUUAUGUCUGCGUUUGCUUUAAGUGACUUGCUUCGAGGACACAGAACAUCACCAUGGAAAAUAAUGACCAUGAUUUUAGAGUUGGUAUCAAUGUAAUAAAAAAUGUAUGUUGCUGUCGACGUCCACUUAUUCAUCAUCUUCAUAUUCUUCAGCCUCUAAAGCCCGAAAUGGCGCGCAUAUUGUAUAAGGAGGCAUUUAUAAGCGACGCGGAGCGCAAGCGCAUGCAGGAGUUGCAUCUGAAUAAGGCACCGGGCCAACAGUGGGGUAUCCCGGAACGAUAUUUUAUUGCUGUGACAAAGGCUCCGCGGUCGUAUCAAGUUUUGCGUGCUUGGUCUUGUCUCGGAACUUUCGGGCCCGUCGCGGAUGAGUGCCGAUCGCAGUUAGCUGACUUCCAGAAAGCAUUGGGGAUCCUCGUCGGAAAUCGACUCCUCGAACACAUAAUGGCCAUGAUGCUAGCAGUGGGAAACAGAAUGAACGCAGGAACCCUGCGUGGAAAUUCAAGAGCGUACUAGGCGUUUAUUUUGAUCUUAUACAUGCAUGUUGCAUUUCGAAGAUAUCGACACGACUUGUGCUUGCUCUUUAUGCGCUCCUCAUGAGCGCUUCUCAUAAUCGCAUGAAAAGCAGGAUACUUGUGUCCGUAUCGAAUCUUCAUCACUGUACAGCAAGUACUUGGCAGAUUUUUUCCCAGUAUCUUCUUCAACAUCCUCAUCUAUUUAUACAUCAUGAUCGAUCAGGUUUGCAGUAGAUUCGCUAGCGAAGUUUGGCGAGUUGAAGAAUGUGGAGGGGACCAGAACCUUGCUAUCUUUUAUUCUGGAAUUCAUGCAGUGUGAAAUUCCAAUUGUAGACAUCAGGCAAUGGAGGCAGAUUAUAGCGAAAGCUAAACGCGUACCUCUGCUGGAAGUAGAGAAGCGCGUAGCCGAAAUCAGCCAAGAGGCACAACUCUGCUCCAAAGACUGCUACGAAGAGGCAGAAAAAAAUCGUACUAGUACAACUUUUACUGCUGCUAGUAGGAGUCAUGAUCAUUAAGCUUACCGUAGUUACGAAGCAACCACGACCUGCUUUGUCAGUGCUGGUUAAUCUACAAUUUUUUCGGUAAAGAGUGAGUUGAAUGGAAGCCGUUUGUUAGCGUUAGGUCAAAAAUGUCUGUGAUAAUCAUUGCAUUGUAGUUUGAGAUCGAUUUGAAAUAAUAAAACCCCAGGAUCUACUUCUUCAAACUACAUCUUGAUCUUCAGCUCCCAGUGAGGUGAUCCAGCAGCAUCCCUUGCUGCGCUACGCUCCAGAGAUUAAUCAAUGUGCUGCUACUGGGAUGGAGCUGAUGAGCGAUGUGAAACGCGUUCAGGAGGAUUUUCUUCGCGCAUUGAAAUAUUUCUGUUACAACUGUUCUCCGAACAAUGGCGGAAAUACAGCGGACUCUUCAUCCUUAUCCUCAGGAGGACGGUCAGUAUCGUCGAGUGGAGGGAAUCAAGCCGAAGAAUUCCUCACGCCUUUUGAGGAGCUUUUUUCUCAGAUCAUUGCUAUUCAACAACGCGGAUACUAAGUUUUGUGGUCAAAAUUUUUGAGGGCUGCCAUGAUUCCUGCUAGUACAACUCACUAGACGAAGUUAUACGGAGGUGUACUGGUUGCGGUUGUGCUACGGUUGUUGCCGCUGGGACACGCUGCAGCUGCCUGCUUGACCCUUGAUGUCACCGCUUUUUCAACAGCAUGUUGGGAGGCGUUUUUGUCAUAUUACGAAACAUGCUGCGGCUCUUCUUCUACGGAUAUUGCUGCAAGACUAUGUGCAGAAAGAACAGCAUACGACGCCAUUUUUCGGUUUCUCGGAUAGAAACUUUAGCUUUAUGAUUAUUGUCUUAACCACUUGAAUACUUACUGAUGUCUAUACAUAGAUGAAUUUAUCGAAUAAUGGCGAACCCUCCCUGUCCCUCUACUAUGUAAGGAAUAUACUUAUAGUACACUGUCUGAAUACUUAGAAUGUCAUUUUUGAUUUCUGUCUUGCAAAUUAUAGUGCUUAGACUAGGUGGUAGGUACGUAAAACAAGAUUUUAAAGACAACGACACGAAAUUUCCCUUCUCUAGUUAGUCAGCUAUCUCACAAUCGUAGUUCUAGUUGAAGUUGUUGUCCACUACCAUGCUCAUGGAAGCGCAGCUGAGUGACCACGAGAGAGAUUUAAGACCGAGACCGUCGUGAACACGACGCCCACUUCCUCGUCAUCUGAAAAUCAUAUUGGCCAGAGUAAUUUAUUGCACGCAUAAUUGCGCAUGGAGUACAUGGAGCGCAGCUCCAUAAGUGACGCAAGAAGCGCCCCCUUUAGCUCCAUGCAAAUCCAUGUCAUGCGAUGCGCCAAACCUUAUAGAUUACUCUGAUAGGUACUCAAUAAAAGCGUCCCUUUCAACUAACAGAGUAUAUUCUUUCGACAGGGUCGUAUCUAGCAUGAUGAUGAACUGACCUCUCCACAAUUUCACCCUAAGCAAAAAGACAAAGAAUAAGAAGAGACUCGAUCUUGAGGACACGAAGAUGCAUUCGAUGAUGUGACAUCAAGCUCUUUUUAAUCUGCGUGACAAUUUCGAUUUCGGAAUCCAUCGUAUAGGUAUAUGCUUAUUCAUGUCGAGGAAAACGAAACAUCAAGCAAUGACUGGUGCAUAGAAGACGUUCCUCUACUUAUGUCUCUCAUGCCUCAUCUCGGGACAAGUACGAUCGAGCCGCAGUUGUCUUUCUCGUCGUGCUGAAAUUGAACAAGAC